AUGAUAUUAUUUCGAUCCUGGUUUUCAAUUCUCCCUAAAUACCGAGAUACGGUAAAAUAUUUCAAUCGAUAUGAAAGUGGAAGCCACGGAAGUGAUGCAAGCAAAACUGACAGUUUAAAUUCAAACUCAAAAAAUAUUAAUCCUAAAACAUGCGAUGUGUGUCGGUCAUAUCCAUGCGAGUGUGACCCAUCUACGCCAACAAUGUACGAUUGCAGAAAAUAUGGACAUAAUUUACCAUGUGAUAGUGCUACACCGCAUUUUGAAACCAUACCGAAUAUACCAACGGGUAUCUUCAGAUGCACUGCUGGAGAAGUCCUCGGUCGAGGAGCUAACAAAUGCUCGUAUUAUCAAAACCCAGAGUACUUUUCCUACCAUCAUAUGACGUUUUAUGAUAUGCACUUGCUCUUAAGAUGUUAUCGCAACCCUAGUCCUAAUACUGGUAGAAAGCCUUAA